AUGGCUAGGUUCUGGCAUGUGUUCACCGUGAGGAACUUGUUGGUGGUGUCUCUAGCCAUCAAUGCAAGCUUCAUUUUGAGGCUGGGAUACGAGACCAUUGACAUAAAGAGAGAGCAACUGCUGACGGGUAAACGUGCCCAAGGAGAGGCACUGCCUACUCAGAGGGCACAUCUGCCUGUGUCUACUACCUCGUCACCUUCCUCGACUCCUUUCCCUGGCAGCGAUAGAGACAGAGUGAUCAAUCUCGACCACGGUGACCCGACCAUGUACGAGAGAUUCUGGCAGCAAGUAGGUGAGAAGGCCACAAUCGUGAUCCCUGGUUGGCAAUCAAUGAGCUAUUUCUCUGAUAUUGGAAACCUAUGCUGGUUUCUGGAGCCCGAGUUCGCGAGACAGGUACUUAGACUGCACAAAAUUGUAGGCAACGCAGUCACUGAGGACCGUCACAUUGUGGUUGGUACGGGUUCUACUCAGCUCUUUCAAGCUGUGUUAUAUGCACUUGCUCCUCCAGACGCAGAGGAACCCGUUAGUGUUGUAUCUGCAGCUCCAUACUAUUCUUCUUAUCCGGCAAUAACUGAAUCCCUCAAGUCUGGACUCUACAGAUGGGAAGGGGACGCCCUUAGUUUCUCAAAAGAAGGGCAAUUCAUCGAACUGGUGACAUCCCCUAAUAACCCAGAUGGAUAUGUGAGGGGUUCUGUCCUGAAUAAAAGCGGGGGUGUAUUGGUGCACGAUUUUGCAUACUACUGGCCUCAAUAUACUCCGAUCACCUAUCCAGCCGACUACGACAUUAUGCUGUUCACCGUCUCUAAGACCACCGGGCAUGCUGGAAUGCGCAUUGGUUGGGCUCUUGUCAAGGACAGAGAGAUAGCCAAAAGAAUGGUGAAAUACAUCGAGCUCAACAGCAUUGGCGUCUCCAAGGAUUCGCAGCUGCGGGCUGCAAAGGUUUUCGAAGUUGUUUCUGACAGCUGCGAAUCUUCCAGCAAUACAACAGAGUCCCUUUUUGAGUUUGCCUAUCACCUCAUGAUGGAGAGAUGGCAAAACCUAAGGGCGGCGGUGAAACAUAGUGGUAUAUUUAGCUUGCCGGAAUUCUCUCCCGGAUUCUGCAUGUUCAAGGGAAGGUUGUUCGAGCCUCAACCUGCUUUUGCAUGGUUGAAGUGCGAAGAACCGAUCGAAGACUGCGAGAGGUUCCUACGUUCUAACAAGAUCUUGACGAGGAGUGGGAGACACUUCGGAGUUGGCCUGCAAUACGUUAGGAUUAGUUUGAUAGAUCGCGACGACAAUAUUGAUUUAUUUGUAGAGAGAUUGUCCAACAUUCGCAAGGACAAUCUAUGCCAGCAUAUGGGGGAGUGAGCAGUCUUUUUUUUUUUUUUAUUCAUUUCUACUUUUGGAGCUGCUUGGAUCUGAAUGUUCUACGACUACUGCAGUUGAAAAAAAAAAUUGAAUUAAUUAAAUUUCUUAA